GUCAAAUCUUUUUAAUUAUUUUAAGUGAAUUUGUUGCAUUAAAAGACUGUUCAUGCAGUCAGUCUGUUGGCCGGCAAUAUGUUGGGCGAAAGAAAAGGAACACAUACAGAAACCGUUAUAUGAAUGCAGCAUGCAAUUAGACAACUGUAAUUAUUGCACAUUCAGCGCAAGAAGACGCUUACAAAAUUCUAUUGGAAUCCUGAAAGAGCGCCAAUCGAUGGAUGGCAAUGCAAAGCAAUUAUCGGGAUCACACCGUCACGACCUUGAGGCUCUCACUAGCAGAAUUUCAUGUCAACCUUGUACUCAUUUCCCGGCUAUGUGUUGCUUGCUCAUACGUUUGCUUCCUUUGACACAAAGUUAUUGGUCAAGAGCUUGA